GACUCGAAAAGAAAAAGUUGAGUUUUAUAUGUUUGAGUUUUUUUGUUGCUUGUGAUCCAUGAAACAUCUUGUUUAGUAUAUUAACUGUGACAUUAUCAAUACCAAUAAUUGUAAUCGUGAUGAAUAGUGAAUGUAAAAUCAUUUUGUUGUGUCGUGUGUUUAAAUUGAAAACAAUGUGGAUAUUAAUUUUACCCUCAUAUUUAUUUUUGUGCUCAUUAAAUUAUAAUCUUGUGGAAUCACAAAAUUUAGAGAUUGAUUAUUCAGGUCAUAUUGAAGUUGAAGCAAUUGCAGGUAAAUCUGUUUCACUUCCGUGCAACAUUUCAAUAACUCAUGGAAAUAGUCGUGAAGUGGCUAUUAUUUUGUGGUACAAGGAUGAUACGGGAAUCCCUGUUUAUACUGUGGAUAUACGGAAUAAAAGUUCAUUAAGUAGUUCAAUUCAUUUACCAUCAAGUUCAUAUAAAUCACGAUCUUAUUUUGAAAUGAGUAAAAGUCCACCAACAUUGCGAUUAGACAAGAUUGAAUCAAAAGAUUCAGGUGAAUAUCGGUGUAGAGUGGAUUAUGAAAAAUAUCCAACACAAAAUUUUCUUGUAAAUCUAACAGUAAUAGUUCCUCCCGAUUCCAUUUCUAUCUUAAACACUGAUACAAUGGAGAAACUACAAGGUCUAGUUGGGCCCUUCAAUGAAAGUACAGAUCUUAACUUAAGUUGCGAAUCAUAUGGAGGUAUUCCUAGACCAACACUUACAUGGUGGAAAGAUGACAAGCCACUAAUUGCCUCGUACGAAAUGCUGUCCAACGAAUUGACCCGAAGUGAUCUUACACUGACCAACUUGAGUCGCUCUUUUCUCCUCUCAAAGAUCACUUGUAAAGCAAGUAAUGCACCGCUCAUUGAACCGCUAACAACUUCAAUCACAAUCAACUUAAACUUGAAACCUUCAACAAUAUCAAUUGAAUUUCCUUCCAAAACUAUAUCAGCUGGUAAACGAUCUGAACUAAUUUGCCGAGUUUCCGGUUCGAGGCCACCAGCUCGAUUAUAUUGGUGGCUUGACGGUCGCCGGUUAACAAGAUCAAGAGAUACAAUAUCAAAGGAUGGAAAUGAAACAAUGAGCCUUCUCUCCUUUACCGGAACUGCCAGUGACAAUGGAAAAGAGCUCGUCUGCCAAGCAGAGAACCCAUUGAUGAAGAAUAGCAGCCUUGAAGAAUCUGUUCGUUUAAACAUUCAUUAUACUCCUUUGGUUAACAUUGUUUUAGGUGCUAAAAUUGAUCGUGACUCUAUUCGUGAAGGAAGUGAUGUUUACUUUGAGUGUAUAAUUGAAGCCAAUCCAUGGAUUACCGAGGUUACAUGGAUUUUCAAUGGAUCACCUUUGAUGUCACAACCUUCUUCAGGAAUAAUCAUCUCUAAUCAAUCUCUUGUGCUACAAAAAGUGAAACGUCAAAACAGAGGAUAUUAUUCAUGUUCAGCUUUAAAUUCCGAAGGAAUAGGCUCAAGUGAUACUUUUUACCUUAAAGUGCUAUUUUCUCCUGUCUGUAAACCUUCCCAAGAAGUUAAGUUUGGAGUCGCUCGCAAUGAAAUGGUUAACAUUAGCUGUCAAGUCGAUGCUGAUCCAGAUGAUGUCAAGUUCAACUGGAUGUUGAACAACACACUUGAAACUGCAGAGAUUCGCUCAUUCAACUCCAAUGGAAGUACUUCAAUAGUCUCAUAUGUACCAAAGUAUAAAAAUAGUUACGGAGUUUUACUGUGCUGGGGAUCGAACAAGGUGGGAGUCCAAACCGAGCCUUGCUCAUUCAAUGUGAUACCAGCAAGUCCUCCUGAUGCUGUUUCCAACUGUACAAUACGAAACCAAACGCUGGAGUCUUUAAGUGUCUCUUGUUUACCAGGUGAUAGCGGAGGUUUAACGCAAAUAUUUUUUCUCGAAGUGUACAAUUCUGAUAUACAAAAGCUUCAUUGGAGUACAGCAAGUCAAGUGCCUUCUUUUCACGUCAACAACUUGCCUAGUUCAACUCGAUUCACUUUGAACAUUUAUGCCAACAAUAAAAAAGGUCGAAGUCCGUCUGUUUCUCUAACAACUUAUACUCUGACCUUACCUCAAAAAGAAGCCAAAAAACAAGAAACAAGCGAAUCAUCCUUUCAACCAAUCAUUGGUAUUCUUAUUGGAAUCAUUAUUACAAGUUUACUCAUCAUGUUUGGAAUAAUGAUUUGUAUUAAAAUUCGUUCUGAUCACAGUUUUAUUGGUAAAGAUGAUUCAGGUAAAUCUGUUUGCUCAACAAGCUGCAUGCUGGAUGAUAAUAAUAAACCGAGAAAAUCGUUUACUGAUUCAGAUAAAAUUGAGAAUCCAAUGGGUCAAUAUCAAGAAUUCAACAAACAGUCAUACGAUACGAUGGAUUCUGGUUACAAUAUCAUGAAGCCAAUCGCCAACAAAAUAUCUUACAAGGAUGCAACAUUGGAUAAAAUGAUUACAUCAACUGGAAUGGUUAAUAAUUCAAGUGAUGUUACUUAUGCUGAAUUAUCAUUAUUUUCAUGCGACUCUCAUUCGGGUACAAUUUCACGUCGCCGGUUAAACAAGUUUGAAGCCACCGAAUAUGCUUCAAUUGAAUAUUCAACUGCAACCCAAUCACAUUCCCAUCCAUUUGAUUCAACGGGUAAACAUUUAACUUACGAGUACGAUGUUAAGAUGGACAAUCGAUCAACAGUCAAUAACAACAAUAACUGCAGCAGCAAUAAUAACAAUAAUAAUAACCAUAAUAAUCAAAAUAAUCUAAAUAAUGUCAACAAUAAUAAUGUUAAUACAAGUUCAACAAUGGAUUCGGAAACAGGGGAAAUGAUGAUUGGAAUGCGAACAAGUACAACAAUGGUUAGAGACCAUUCAAUGGCUGAUGGUUGUUCUGAGACUGAAGUUUCAAUUGAAACUCCACUCAUUGAAAGUCUAAAACCUGGUUACAGAUCUCAUGAUAUAAUUAUUCGAAAGGUUUCAUCCAGCGAUUUACGGAUUGCAACUCCAGUCUGAUGUUAAAGAUACGUUAAUCAAGUAAAAUUAUCAUCUAUAACGUUUCCUGAUGAUCAGAUGGCUCAAAAAAGUAGUCAACAAACAAAAAUCAAAGCAAUCGUUGGAUAAAGAGUUGACUUAUAAUUGGAAACCCUGAAAAUGCCUUUAACUACAAUGACCAAUUGGAUGGAUGAAGUCUAGAUUAUGUUUCACCAUAAUCAAGUUCAUCAAAAUUUAAUCUAAAGAUGCUUUUCUUUCCUCUUUUUGUUCUCUUAUCCUGAACCAUGGAUAUUUAUUCAUCGUGUGGCCUUUAAUCAAAAGUAUUUCUUUUGUCGUCAUUUCCCAUUGUUUGGCAUCAUUAGUAUUAAUCAUAAGGAAUGGUUAAAACCAGGAUCACAACGCAAAACAAUUUCAAAUCUGUACGAACAUCGAUUACAACUCAACAAUCAUAUCAAACCUGAUUUUCAUUUCCAAAUAUGAUCUACUCGAGGCUUACAUUUCAACCUGGAAUUGACUGCCGAUUUGGAUCAACAUUUGUUUUUGUACAAUUUAACCUGAUUUCCAAUCUUUACCAGUGAAAGUAUUUUAAAACAAAUUUAUCAAAAAAAUUAACCAGGCUUAUAAGGUUUUUUAAUGUCUCUGUGCUUUCCCAUUUUAUCAAAAAAACAAAUGUUAAUCUCGCUGAGCUUACAACUUCGCAAUUUUAAUUUCUAUCCUCAGCAAAUUCAUUUGCUUAUCAUCUGUUUCCAGUCCAUUUGUAACUCUUUUUCAUUACAAUAAUCUCGAUUGAAGUAAAAUGAAUCACAUUGAAAUAUCAUCUGUAAAAAGCUCAAAAAUUUUGUACAAACAAAAACAAUUUUAUAUUUUCAUAUCAAUUAUUGUAAAAUAUUUUACUUUAAAAUAAAAACAAAUUUUCCGUUAAACCAGCAACAAUUGAAAAUCAUUUAUCUCAUAACAAUUGAAAAGUCUAGAUUAAUUAAAGUCUAAGAGUUGCCAAUUUUAAACUCGUUUCCAUAACCGCACCUUACGAGCCUUUGGUUGAAAAGAUGGAAAUUGAUCAAGAUCAAGUAUUAAAUCGUAUGGCCUGCCUGCUACAGGUUUAAGUAGGUAGGCACUACCAGGUGCGAAUCCGGGGGGUACCAUGGAAGUGUCAAUCUCGAUGGUUUCUGAGAUAUCAUUUUUAUUUGGAUACGCGAGAGUAACGGCUCCCAAAAUUGCAUUAGGACUAUCAUGAAUUUGAAUAUAAGGAUUGGCUUGAUAAGUCGCCUGUUGCCAUUUAACCGACGGCCAUAAUGUAUCAGGUUGAGGGUAACCCGCUAAUUGGA